CGCAGUCGCGCUGCACGAUUGUCGAUUGUCGCCAUUGUGCUUUGCUAGCGGCGGACGCGCGACGGCCGCUUAGAUUCGCACGCGUUAUCGAUAACAAUAAUCGAAUAAAUGAUAUAAUACUUGUAAUUAAGUGUUAACUGUUCCAAAUUUAGUUACGUGCAGUGCCGACGGACUGGGUUUUGGUAUUAUCAAGUGUGAAAACGGCUGCACCGUGGAGCUUGACUUGCAUCAACGGGCCAGCGGUCACUUCAUGAGUGCCGCUGGCGCGAUGUGCGACCGAACCGGCUUCGGGGGGUCCAUGGGGCACUUCCCCAUGGGACACAUGUCUGCCAUGGGCGCGAUCGGGUCCAUGGGAUCCAUCUCCAUGAACGGCCAGCAACCGAAGAAGUCCCCAGAGGAACAUAUAAAGCGACCGAUGAAUGCGUUCAUGGUCUGGUCCAGGUUGCAGAGGAGGAAGAUUGCGCAGGAUAAUCCUAAGAUGCACAAUUCGGAGAUAUCUAAAAGAUUAGGCGCUGAAUGGAAACUCCUCACCGAAGACGAGAAGAGGCCAUUCAUAGACGAGGCCAAGCGUCUCCGGGCUAUGCACAUGAAGGAACAUCCGGAUUACAAGUACCGACCUCGGAGGAAACCCAAGACUUUACGGAAAGAGGGCUACCCCUACUCAAUACCGUACCCAAGCGUGCCAAUGGAUGCUUUGAGAGCCGGCAUGGCUGGCGGUGGUAUGGGUCAAGCGAUGGGCGGGUACUACGGCGCAGCAUACGGCCCGCUCGGUGCCAGCAUGGCGGCUGCGGCGGCGGCGGCAGCUCAGCAGAACGCGAUCUCAGCGGCUUUAACGCCUAACCCUCAGGUCGGCUCGUCAAUGGAUAUGUCAAAAUAUUCGAUCGAAGCAGAGAAAUACAGGACCUACGGGAUGUACCCUGACCCUUCUCGAGGCUAUCUGGACUCUGCUGCGUUGUCCAAAGCCUACAUGUAUAUGGAUCAGCAACAACAGAGGUCGUACCCUAUGGACAUCAGCAAGAUGUACUGUGAAGCUUCCGCGGCAGCUAUGGCCGGACUAAGCUCAGCUGUCAAUUCAGCGCCGUCCAGUUUAUCACCACGCUCACCUACCGACUCACCAGACGUCACAAGCAAGGCCCAAGACCGACCUGAAGGCAGUUCUUCUUCAGGGUCGAACCCUUCACCGUCCCUUCCAUAUUAUCAAGGGUCGUCGAGUCUUCUGAUGCCUCAGUACCCUGGACAGUACACCCAGGGCCCGCAAAGCGGGUCAGAAUUCAGGAGACCGUUGACUGUCAUAUUUUGACCUGACGCUUAAUUUUCUUGUUAAGUUUUUCAUUUCUGUGAAAUUUUGUUGUAUUUUUUACUUGGUCGGUUUACAUCGACGAUACAGACAUUCAUCUGAUACAUGAAUUGUUGGAAGUCAGGUAUUUUUGUUGUAUAAUUUUUUGUUUUUCGUACAUCGAAUUGUAUGAAUGUUAAUUUAUAGUCUGUGUAAAUAACGUCUUUCGCGGUUUUUUCUCGUGAUCCUCAAAAAGUUCCUCUUUGAUUUUCUUUUGUAGUUUUAAUGUUAUAGUUAGCUGUAGGUUGGACAUUCCAUUAGUUUGCCUAAUAAUGUAAAUAUUUAUGAAUCUAUUUAAUAGGCAUAGGUAACUGAUGAAAAGUUACUGAGAAAAUUAUUACAAGCUGUAUUUCUUUUGACUUAAAAAAAUAUACUUUUAAAACUUUGGUUUAAAGUUAAAACAAAUAUUCACUAUUUAAAGAAUCCGAUCUGUUGUUAAUUAACUGUCUAAAGACAAACUGAUACAAUUGUACAGAUUCUAUAUAUUCUAUAUAAAUAUUUCAUGUAAUUUUUUUUUUUAAUAUUUUAUUUCAACAGUUCAACUUUGUAACCAAUAUAAAAAUACACUAAUUAUUUUUUCAGUAACUUAACAUUUGGGAUUCAAAAAGUCCAAAAUAAAUAUACAACGAGAGUAUAAAUAAUUGUAAAUAAUAUAGAUUUAAGUAAAGUCUGUAUAACUGAAGCAUAAGUAGAAUUGUUUAAUUUAUAUUUGUAUCAGGACUGCAAAAACAUAUGUUAUAUAUAUAUUUUUUUUUUCAUUAAAACCUCGUGUUUGGUUAUUACUAUAAGUAGAUCAUUUUUUAUUUGACUGAAUUAAAUUAAAAAAAUAAUUUUUAGCCCAAUUAAGGCCAUACAGUGCAUUUAUUGUGUUGCCAUAAAAAAAUAUAAUAGUUUUUUUUUUGUACUAACAUUAGUUCAAUCGUUUUUUUUUUAAAUUAAUCUGCCAUUAACAUAACAUUUCAUUUUUUGUUUUUUUUUUUUUAGAACUAAAUACUAUUGGGAUAUCCCAAUAGUAUUUCGAUUUUUUAAUGAAUUUUUUUUAUAACUAUCUUUUUUUCACUUGGAUAAUUUAUGAUUUCACAUUUCAUUAUUUAUUACUGCCAAUAUGAAGUUUAAAAUUAGCGUUUUUAUAUGUAAAAAAAAAUCCUGCUUAAGGAUAUUGUAAAUGAUUAACAUUAAAGACCAGUAUGACCAGCAGCUGAUAGAAAAUAAAACUUACUCAUACAUACUAUUAUUUCGAUAUAAAAUUCCAUAAAAUUCUGUUGAGGUACAAAAAUCGAAGAUCUUAGAACACCUGACGAAUACUCAUGAUGGUCCAGAUAAACUAUAGGAACCUUAACAAAAGUUGUUCAGUCUGAUGAGCAUUUUCUGGUGAGGUAUAAAAAUUGAAGAUCUGGAAUACCUUAUACAGACCCAAGAUGGCACAGUUAAACAACAGGAAAUAUAGAAAUGACGCCUUAAUAAAGGUUGUUCAGCCUGAUGAGCAUAUGAAUAUAUAAAAAUCGAAGAUCUGGAACACCUGAAGAAAGUCUUAAUUCUGAAAAUAUAUUAGGGAAGGGACCGAUAUUGUUUUUUUUUAAUAAUUAUACGCAGUCUCUAGUUAUUACACCGAACUCGCUACAAAACGGAUAAAUCAUUAAAAAGUAAACAAUAUCAACUAUUGUCAUUUAUUCCGCAUUUUAAAUACUUCAAAAUAAUAUAACCUCUCAAUUACCUAUACGCCCUAAAAUACAUUAUUUCGAUAUAUAAUUUUAUGAAAUAGCUAUGCAUAUUAAAACAUAAUAAAACCGACUACAGAAUAUAUAAAAAUAACAUACACUUAAUACAGAUAAUACAUACAUACCUACGUACUUUUUUUCAAUUGUAAAUAUUAAAAUAUUUGUUCCAAAUUCUAUUUCUUAGCUUCGAAAAAGUAGCACAAUGUGCUGAAUAGCUUCCUCUCUUUCAUUCGCGUAUUGCAAUUUUUCCGGCCAAUCAGAAAUUAGUUCAUUGACCGAUUUUCUUCGUAGCUUAGAAAUGGAGUAUACACGUGUUUUGUCAUAUAUUAUCAGCUGUUAGUUAUUGCUAAUUAUUAUAAUGAUCUUGUAAAGUGGAAUCGACAUAACGAUGAGACUUAGACGUUAAAUUGAAGAAUAUUAUGCCUAAUUAAAAAAAUAUUAAAAUCGA